CAAACAUAAGCUUGCUGCCAGUUCCACAGGAGAAGGUUGCGGAACUCUGAAGCUAACGCCCGCUCAGAAGAGGUCGUUUGUGAAAGAUGGCUACGUUGUUUUACCUGGAGCAGUGUCUGCAGAAAUGGUGGGACAAGCACUCGCUGUCGUUGAUAAUGCGUUUAAGAACGAGAAGUACGCCAGCAACGGGAAGAAGCGAUUUGGUUCGAACUACCCUUUGCCUUUAUUCCAGAAGCCUAUCAGAAGGAAUCAGAAGGUGAGGGACCUAUUCUUUAAGAGUGGUCUCGUCGAUGCAUCUGAACAACUAAUUGGGGAAGGGCACGUUACCCUCCGUGAAAACAUGCCUGAUGUAUCGUUCAAUGCGCAAAGUGAGCUUGCUGCAGAGGAAGGGAUGGGUUUAACAGAGCCUUUUCCGAGCCGGAAAUGGCAAAUGCAGUCUGGACAAGGCUUCUACAAGGGCAGCGGAGGAGAUUGCAACUUUAUGGUUGGCGUUGCGCUGUCUGACGGCCAAGAUGUGGAUGAGAAUCGCGGGCAGUUCACCGUGUGGCCGGGUUCCCAUGUUAUUAUUCAUCCCGUUUUGUCCCAGCUGGUUCGAGAGGAUCCGCCCCCUGACCAUCUUUUGAAAGCCUUGCGGGCUAAAAAAAUUGAUGUCGGCUCUCCCAAACGUAUUCUACUUAAACCAGGGGAUGCGUUUAUAGCACAUCAACGGCUAGCCAGCACACAGGGAAUUAACCUGUUGAAGAAAGUGAGGAAAUCGGUUUAUUUCAAAAUUGCUCACACUGACUACGACGAGAUGCAGGACGAAUUCCUGGAAUCAAAAUUGCCGUUCACUGGCUUUGAACCGCUUCAGGACAUAGUAGCUGAUGAGUUUGGGGGUUAAUUCUGCAACUAAUACUUCUGUAAACAUUCAGUUUGGGUUCAGGAAUUCUGUUUCUGAAAGAAUACAACUUUC